AUGGUCACUUCAAAGGUGCCGAAAACCGUCUCGAUAGAUGAACUGUACGACCUGACGGUUCUGACCAAUUACUUGGACUCCACCAAAUCGCUUGUUCCUUGGAUCGAACGGUGGAUGGCGCUUAUUAACAUCAACGAGAUCAAGAGCGAGUUUAUGGCGCAAUUCCUCUGGAUCGCGUGGGAAUUUGGCGCCAGGGACGAUUUUGUCGUCAUUGCACGCCGGAUGUUGAUGGAGUUAGAGGGAUCUGCUCUCGAGGAGUCCUUUUGCACAUUGGACCAAUCCAGACCACCAGACAUCAUGGAGAGGAUUCAGGCCAUUCGCCUCCAGACCUUCCAGGCCAUCCUCAACAUCUUUCGAGAGAUGGCUGACCAUUUAAUCGUCGUUGACGAGCGAGUCCGAUGGUGUCGAUAUCAUACCUGGAUGGGACACCACCGCUGCGAGUCCAUGAUCUUAGGGUCCAUGACAUUUUGCCUUACCCGAGCCGGGCUAUGGCCCAUUCCCGACGCCGAGGAGUUGGAUUGCAGCCUGUUGGAUCUCCAUCGCAAGCUUACGACUCUCGUCAUACAUGAUAUCGGAAAGACGGGUGACUCGAAAUCGGAGGCCAAUCACCACGAAUGCAAUCCGGGUCCCUUUCUGCUAGACCAAGUACAGCGAGUCAUGUCAGAGAUGCCGAGUCCGGUGUCUGCGUUCCAUAUUCAACACAUGGAGAAACAAGCGAAGGAUUUAUUAUCAAUUAGCCCGCCGACCCUACCUCCCUCAUGA